GCUGCUGCGCGGGAAGGACACGCCUUCCUUCCUUGCCGUCUGCCCUCCGAUGAGUUGAUUUGAUCCGGCUUCGGAGCGUUUUGCUGAGCGUCGCCACCACCGCCUCUCCGCCUCCCCAUCCCUACCCCCGCGCGUCCAGGUUGACACACCGUCCCGCUAGGAAUGGACGGCGGGAGCUGUGCCACGCGCGUCUCCGGAGGAGGCUGCCUCGGAAGAGGGCUGGCUCGCCCAUACCGUCGGACCUGUUUUUUUCCUCCACCCCGCGGCGGCUAGAUCUCCCGCCCUCCUGCUACCCAAGCGAGGUGCUCGAUGCCCCUCUUUUGCCUCGAACUUGCUGCCAUCAAUAAUUCAUCGGCUCCCAGCAGUAGCGGCGGCGGCGAGCAAGAAAGCAGCAGCGGCAGCGGCAGCGGCAGCAGCUUCAAUAAGAGAGAGCGGGAGGCAGCAGGGCGGGGAGGAAAAAGCUGGUGCGUGAGCCGUGCUUGCCGGCUGCCUGCAGAGAGGAGGCGGCGGUGACAGCGGCGGCCGCUGUGGCGGUAGCAGCCAGAGCAACGGCGGCACCGGCGGCGGCGCAUUCGGAACUCUCCCUUCUCGCCACCGCCGUCCCCAGCAUUAUGUUCCCGCAACGCGCGGCGGCCGCCUCCCCGGCAAGGGCCGCCGACGCCGAGGAGGACACGGGAGGAUGAGGACAGAAGGGAGGCGAAGGAGGAGGAGGAGGAGGAGGAGGCGCAGGCGGAGGGAGGCGGAGGAGGCGAGGCAGGGAGGAGGAGGAGGAGGCGCAGGCGGCGGAGGAGACGCGGAGGAUGAAGUGGAGUGUCCGGGGAGCCUGCGCCGCGCUCUCCAGCUGCCUCCUGCUCGCCUGCGCGCUGAGCGCCGCCGCCGUGGGCCUCAAGUGCUUUUCGCUGGGCUCCGAACUCAAGGGGGAGCCGUUCCGCCUGGGCACAGCGGCCGGCGCCUUCUACUCGGGGCUCCUGCUGGCCGCCGGGCUCUCGCUCUUGGGCUCCGCGCUCUUCUGCUGCCGCCCGCCGGACGAAGAAGGGGCCGGCGGAGCGCACCGCCAAGGGCACGCGGCGAGCGAAGGCGCGGUGGUGCCGGUCGCCGGAGACGCUCAGCCCCAGUCCCAGCCGCUGCCCAAGGCGCCCCCCGGCGGGCGACAGAACUUCCUCCUGCUGGGGGUCCUGGUUUUCAUGCUGGGGGUGCUGAGCGCCUUCGCCGGGGCCGUCAUCGACGGCGAUACGGUGUCGCUGGUGGAGAAGAAGUACUCGCACUACUGCCUCCUACAGGUUGGAGGAGGAGGAGGGUCGUCGGCUCGGGCGCGGCCCGCGGGGGGCCCCGACGGCGCAGGGACGACGCUGUUGCUGCGCUGCCAGAAGCUGCGGGACUAUCAGCGCGGCUUGGUCAUCUCCACCAUCUUCAACGCCCUCGAGUGCCUGCUGGGGCUGCUCAACCUGCUCUUGGUCAAGAACUACAAAGCGGCGCAGCAGCGGGGCCUGCGCCGACGGCGGCGCUGCCGACAGGAGCAGCGCCUGGCGGGCGGCCGUCGGAGGCGACGGAGGGGGGCCGGCGGCGGGGGAAGUGGCGGCGGCGGCCCGGGCGGCUCUGGUGGCGGCCGACGGCCUCAGCGCCAAAGCCAAGGCUCGAUCUUCUCCAGCGAGGACCCGGAUCUGUCCCCGGGGGGCGAUUGCGCCUUCCAGGCCGUCUCCUACAUCAACGUCGGCGUCUUCCACGUCUUCGACGAGGCCGGGGUGGAGGUACACUGUGGCGGCCACCCUUCCAUCGAGUUGCCUGGGUAUUCGCCCAUGGACCCCGAGCUCAAUGCCUCCUACCCCUACUGCUACCCGCUGCCCAAUGAGCAGCCUCCUGCCUAUGAAGACAUCUAUCCCAGGGACCUCUGUGCCAACCGCGUGUAGGCCCCGGCCAGGCCCAUUUGGAGACCGUCCGCCCUGCCCGUCAGCCUGCUGGACUGAGAGGGGCAGAAGGUGAACUUGGGGCGAAGGGGGCAAAGCACAGAGGUUUAAUGGGCAGGACCAGUAGCACAAGGUGAGGCCAACCCCCCACUCUUUGCCAGGACUCUUAACCCAGAAGCUGCCAAAAAAAAAAAAAAAACCACCCCAAGAUAGAACCCCAAUAAAUGCCUAGAAAUGAGACCAGGCUGGUGUGUAGUGUUGGUCCUGCUUUUGGUGGCAAGUGGUAACCUGUUGAUCCAAACAGCUUUGCCUUCCUUUUUUUUUUUUCUUUCUGAAGAAUCAGGCAUAUUUUUCUCUUCACCUCUGAUUGGGGAAGUCUUGAACAGAGUUUUAGAAAGUUGCCAGUGUUUUGCAACCUGUUGGAGUUUUCUCCAAUAUAUCCUGUCAAGAUUUCUCUCUUUCUCUGCUACGUACUUUUGGUUCUAAAAGAAAAAGUGGGGGAAAAACAUAGCUACCUGUUAAAGGGUUCAGCAAAGUGCAUUUUCACUGAUAAAGAUAAUUGGGGCAAUCUCGGGAUGAUGCUUUUAAUAUCUUUUUAAUUUUUACCCUUACCGUCUUUUAUCUCUUCAGUAUUGAUCAAAUGGUGAACGUUUUAGGGUUGGUUCUCACAGUUUCUCUCAUUUGGCUUGGAUUGAAAUCGCCAAACGGUUCAGCCUGCCUGGCUUCCUCACCCUUCCCCGCAUCAAAUGAAUCUUCAUGAUAACCUCAGCUUUAAAAGUGCAAAAGAGUUUUAAGUUCAGAGAACCAGCCAGCAAGAGAGAGAGAAAGAAAGCACGCAUGAAUCUUUCAAAGUGAUAUUUCAGAGAGCUGAAAGGAAUUUUGAACAAAGCCUCUUAAGUUUACAAUAUUCCUGGGAGAUGUUAUGUUCAGUUUAAAUCUUAGUGAGAGUUAAAACCAUAGUCGGUCUUGUAAGAUGCACAUAAAUCUGCACUUUCAAAAGAAGAAAAAAAAAAUCAACAGCAACAUUUUUGUACACUAAUGUGCCUGCUUUUUGUUGAUAAUUUCUUACUGUAAGAGCUUUCAAAAAGUCUAUAGUGAAAAUGUUUGGUAAAGUCAUUGCAAUGUAAAAUUAAGAAAACCAAUUCCUUAACUAAAACAGAAAUGCUGUAUGGAAUUGAAGAAAGUCCGGAUAUCUCAUACAUUCCUUUUGUAAACUGAUUCAUGUUUUUAAUGCAAAGCAGGGCUUAUAUUUAUUUUACUUUUAUUUUAAAGGUUUAACUCUACUUUCUAAAGGUACAGCCAGUCACUCUUACAAGUAGUUUAUUUAUAGCGUUACCAACUGGUCAGUUUGAGAAACUUGAAGAUUGCACAUACACACACACAAUACACAGAUGUCAGGCAGCCUUUAUUGAUGGUUAGUUUUCAGUGCAGUUGCUCAAACUCAUUUGAAAUGUAUUUUAGAAAUCAUAUGUCCAUUUAAAUGGAAAAGACUCAACAGGUGAAGGCUGAAAAUAGUAAUACUUAAAAAGAAAAACCUUUUCAUCUAGUUUCCUUUAAUUGUUGAACCAAAAAGCCCCACUAUAUCUGAAAUCAUAUCUCUCUUUGUUUCUUUUUAUUCUUCAUUUAAUAAGUGCCGAGGGCUUCAAAUUUAUUUGGAAAAAAUAGUGCUGUAGGAUGGGAAUAUGUCCUUCCUUCCCUCCUCCCUUCCCUCUUUCCCUCUUUCCUUCUUCCUUUUAUCCCUUCUUGAUCUUACCCUGGAAUUGGUAGGCAGUUUUAUUGGGGGGGAUUAUUAUUAUUUUGCCCUAUAUGUGAAUUAAAAUCAGAUGGAGAAAAUUUUAGAGAAAUUUUGAGAGGAAGUGGUAGAAUAUGCACACCGCAUCAUAUUCCAAUCAAAUUCUGAUCCCAUCUCAAAUUAUAUACUUGUUUUUAAAUAGAAGAAACAUUGUGAGAUCUGAUCAAAGAUUGCCUGCGUUAUGUAUACUUUACUGUUGGGAAAUUAAAUUCCAGUAGAAUACCGGCAUAAAAAUUUAUUCUAUACAAGAAUUAAAGAAAGGUACUUAUAUCCAUCUUAUUCACCCAGUAUACGAAACUCAUUUAGAAGUUCAGCUGUUCAUUAAUGUCCUUAAAUCAAGGAUCUUUUUUUCCUUAUAUUAUUUUGUAAACUGCUAUGUAUAUUGAAGGAACUGUAUAAAUGAUAGUAAGAAUUCA